UUUUUUCUGAUUCGUGCUGUGCAAGAACCGCAAGAAGAUGCAGUUGCAUAUCCGUGGUCUGAACACUCGCGUCCUGGACGCUGAGCCCCAGGAAACCAUCAAUGAAAUCAAGCUCAAGCUUGCAUCGCUGGAAUGUAUCGAGGACCACCAGCAGCUGGUGCUGUCCUGCCAGGGCAUGAUCCUGAACGGCGAUUCGCCCGUGUCGGCCCUCAGCUCCGUCGAGUUGGACCUCACCGUACCACUGCUUGGUGGUAAGGUGCACGGUUCGCUGGCUCGUGCAGGUAAGGUCAAGGGCCAGACGCCCAAGAUCGAAAAGAAGGAAAAGAAGAAGAAGACCGGUCGUGCUAAGCGGCGCAUCCAGUACAACCGCAACUUCAACAACGUGGUGCAGGCCUUCGGUCGCCGACGAGGCCCCAACGCCAACUCGACGUAAGUUGUUGGUCUGACAGCUGAGCGGAGAUUCUUUUACGUUUACGUUUCCAACUAUGAGCGUAGGAAGAGAGAGAGGGGAGGGAUGCUAACACGACCGCAGUGUUUUUUUUUUCGGAAAUACCGUCUCUGUGGUACUGCGGUAGAAUAAAAAC